CCGCCCCUUCCUUCCAGUCCCAGUUGCUGAGACAACUUCCGAUUUCCACCUGUACAAGACGAAGCUCCAUCCUGGUGCUAACCACCAACAACAAAACAUCAUCAAUUGGACCAUCUACAGCAUCCGCCUUACCUCCCAAUACGCACAAAAAUGGCUGAGAACAGCGCCAGUCCGAUCGGCAUUGCCAAUCUGCCUAACCAGAGGCACAAGAUCGUGGCCAAGAGGGGUGCAGCCUUCACUAUUAUGGUUGCCGGCGAGAGCGGUCUCGGAAAGACGACCUUCAUCAACACCCUCUUCUCCACGACCAUCAAGAACUAUGCCGAUCACAAGCGCAGGCACCAGAAGCAGGUCGACAAGACCGUCGAGAUCGAGAUCACAAAGGCUGAGCUGGAAGAGAAGUUCUUCAAGGUCCGCCUGACCGUCAUCGACACUCCCGGCUUCGGUGACUAUGUCAACAACAGAGAUUCGUGGAUGCCCAUCAUCGAGUUCCUCGACGACCAGCACGAAUCCUACAUGCUCCAGGAGCAGCAGCCCCGCCGAAAUGACAAGAUCGACCUCCGUGUCCACGCCUGCCUGUACUUCAUCCGGCCUACAGGCCAUACUCUGAAGCCUCUCGAUAUUGAGGUCAUGAAGCGUCUUUGCUCUCGCGUCAACUUGAUUCCCGUCAUUGCUAAGGCUGAUACCCUUAGCCCUGGCGACCUCGCCAAGUUCAAGCAGCGUAUCCGCGCUGUCAUCGAGGCCCAGAGCAUCAAGAUCUACCAGCCCCCGGUCGAGGAGGACGAUGAGGCGGCUGCUCAGCACGCGCGCAGCCUGAUGGCUGCCAUGCCAUUUGCCGUCAUCGGCUCCGAGAAGGACGUCAAGACCGGCGAUGGCCGUAUCGUGAAGGGCCGUCAAUACUCGUGGGGUGUUGCCGAGGUCGAGAACGAGGAGCACUGCGAUUUCAAGAAGCUGCGUUCCAUCCUCAUCCGCACCCACAUGCUCGACCUUAUCCACACCACGGAGGAGCUGCACUACGAGGCCUACCGUGCACAACAGAUGGAAACCCGCAAGUUCGGCGAGGCGCGUCCGCGCAAGCUGGACAACCCCAAGUACAAGGAGGAAGAGGAGGCCCUCCGGAAGCGGUUCACCGAGCAGGUCAAGAUCGAGGAGCAGCGUUUCAGACAGUGGGAGCAGAAGCUCAUUGCCGAGCGCGACCGUCUUAACAAGGAUCUGGAGCAGACUCAUGCACAGAUCAAGUCCCUCGAGCAGGAAUUGGAGCAGAUGCAGGGCACUGCCGUCCGCAGCCACGGUCGUCGUUAGGGCCACGAGGUGACCGCUUAGGACCUAUCCAGCGUCAGCAUCUUGAGAGCCGGUUCGCUCAUUCCGAUCCGGAGUCCAUGAUUGCCCCGGCAGGUGGGCAUCACACACACAAAAGAGGUUUUUCUAUCAAAAGAGGGCUGCGAGCCAUUUGGGAUAUGCCUUUGGACCCUGCUUGCAGCUGUCGAGUCUGCGUCUCGGUCAGUAGUGUGGGCAAGCCAUGGAGAUUCAUCCGACACUUUGUCGCUUUCUUAUUAUUUUCGAGCGGGUGAGAACACGGAAGUCCUAAUCGACGUGGGACAGCCGAUGCCUACUGGUCUACCGUUUUGCUUCCACUCGAGGACCAUUAUUUGCGAGGCCUCUCUUACCUUAUUUUUACAGUAACCAUGUAAUCUUCUGUCACUUUC